CAAGAGGUGUGAGCUGAGCAGGCGCCUGGCCCAGCCCAGCAUCAGCUCCCCGCUCAGGGGGGACGCGGGACACUGCGCAGGAACUCUGGGGACUAGACUCUGAACACUGGGAUCCAGCAGUGAAGGACCUGGAGCACGGGGCCUCCCUGGGCACCCAGAAGGGCUCAGAGCAGCUAUGAAGGGGUGGCCCUGUUUCUGCCCUGCCCUGCCGCAUUUCUGGCAGCUGGAGUCUUGCUUCAUGGCUGAGGGCUCGGGCCCUCAGGCCCCGGGGAAAGAGCCCCCACUCAGCAUCCAGGUCCUGCGAGCCCAGUACGAAGGCUUGCGAAGGCAGCAGAGGGCGCGGGCCUACCUGGUGGUGCUCCCGACAGGAGGACACACGCCUGCUCCUGCUGAGUCCGUGGUCAGUCCUGUUUGGAUUAACAAGGAGAGAAGACAGUCAGUGUCCCUAGAAGAGGCAGAUCUGGAGGCUGAGGGGAUGCUGGAGGAGGCCAACGGAGGCUGUCUUCAGGGCCCUGAAUCUCCAUGGCACGCACACCUGGAGAUGUACCGCUGCGUUCAAACCUUCCACCAGGAAAUCAGUCUUCCAGUAAAACACAAGAACAAGCUCGUGGGGUCCAAACAAAGGCUCCCUCAGGAAGGAGACCCAGGUCUGUUUGAAAACAAUCCAAUGACCCAGCAAGGGUCCACCAACCUACCAACAGCCCAGUGUGAAUGUCCAGUGAGCAAUGCCCAGACAAAGGCAGAGGGAUUUGGCUUGAAUGUGGACAUUUGGCACCCUCUUUCCAAGAAGAACCCACACAGGUCUGGAAAGCCAGCUCACUAUCCAUUUCCCCAGAGGAAAACGCCCAGGAUCUCUCAAACCGCCAGGAACCUGGGCUUGUAUGGCCCAGCCUAAAGCUUCCUACUCAGCCAAAUGUCUCAACAUUGAAACCAUGGAUGGCCUCAUCCAAGAACCCAGGAGGCAGAGCCAUGAGUCGGGCCUCUAGCUAGGAACAAGAACCAGACUAACUCAGUGGUAGGGAUUUUGAACUUCAUGGUGGCAUGGUCUUGUCCUUCAGAAAAGAAGAGAUUGCCUAGGCCAGAUCUCACACAGUCUAGGAUGAAAGAGUGUAUCUGAUCAGGGUGGCCCCACUGUGCUUGUAUAUGAAGACAUGACUGGAGCCCUAGAUGCCGAUUCCUUGGGGAGGCCCCGUAGGCAUCUUCUCUGUCCCUAGAAAUGGGAAUUUUGGAACGUGAUACUGGCACCCUAGCCACAGGAAUGCCUUAGCAGGGGCACUAGAGUCAACGAGUGUGAGCAGCCUUGUUUU